AUGGAAGCUCGUCUGCCGCCAGAAAAGUUGUGCCGCGCCACAUUGGACGCCGCAGCUGCCCUAAACGCAGCGAGUCUCUCCCUCAAGCAAGCAGAGCGUCUCACAGGCUUAUUAGCCUUUUAUUCAAGAGUUAUCCGACUUGGAAGAACAAGAUUACAGUCUCUAUACACCUUCCAAGCCGCUUUCCCACAUGGUAGUAGUGCGCGCCGCCGUAUCCCUUACGAGAGGGACUCUUUGUCUCUCUUCAACGGCGUACUCCUAAUUGACCCCUACCGCCGCCCUAUCACGCAUCUCUACACAGAUGCCUCCAGUACAGGCCAGGGGCUCUUCUUCUUCUUAUCCCAGUCUAUAUUAGACUGCUAG